AUGCAGCAUUCGUCGUCGGUCUUCUGUGCGCCUCGGAGUGCUGUAGUAUCGAGACACCUCGAUCCUCACAGGAAGGCAAACCGAAAUCUCGCCAGUGGGGAGGCGUCCACUAGGCGAACAGAGGCGCUGCGGGCGACCUCGUCAGCACUCCUUACUUCAGACUCCGUCCCAAUUUCUUCUGCGGCCUUCUCUCUGCUUCCACAUGUAGGCUCGAGAAGGAGACAGCGGAGGUUCGCGAGCGACAGACUGCCCUCGCUCGCUCCAUUUUCGCGGCUCUUAUCCUCUCGUCACGCUCUCCCGAGCCACGCUCGAAGCCCAUUCGCCGCGGAAGCAGAAGCAAUAUAUCCACCUUUCCAGGGUUUUGGGCUCAAAGGAGAACGCGGGAGCGCAGCCGGCCCCCUCGUGACGCGACCAGUUUCACGAGAGAGGGCACACACGGCCGGAAAAGAAAAUGAAGCCGAAGAAGAUCGAAACUCAGGUCGAGGCGAUCGGCGAGGCACUGAAAGGCAGCUGGAAAAAAGCAGAGUCCACGGUGGCGCCGUGGAUGCUGGGCGCCAAAGAACGAGCGUCCUGCCGGAGACUGGCGAAGAUCCUCUUCUGCCGCGACUGGACAACUUCGGCUUUUUCACUGGGCCUGUUCCAGCUUCGCAGCGCCUCAGCCUUUCGAUGCAAGAUCUGAAGACGUUCUGCCGCGACCACGCCAUUGUCGUACCGGCGGCGGAGCUGUACGGCGGCCUCAAAGGUGUCGUGGACUUCGGCGCGGUCGGUCAUUUGCUCGUUCAGAACAUCCGCCGCGCACUUUCCGCGUUUUUUCUCCGCGAUGCAUGCGCCGAAUGCGAGCCGGUCUGCCCCUCUGGGGACGUCGAGUCUGAGAACUGGAGGGGGAGGGGGGCAGGCGAGCAGGCAAGUCUGGACCAAGCAGCCCUGCCUCUGCUCCUUCCUCGCUCGCCCCCGCGACUCACGCUCGCCCUCGACCUCCCGCGCUUUCAGCAGACGCGGCACAGCGUCAUCGGGAGGCGGCGCGCGGAGACCGCGAAGUCCUUCCGCGCAGCGCGCGCCGAAGAAGAGGACGCCUCAGGAGACAGACUCGCGGGAACGGCGGGCGAGGACGCGACAGUCGCAGAUGAAGCUCCACCGGCCGCGCCACAGGACAGUGUCACAGAGAGAGCGGACGCGCAGCAGCGCGCCUCCGCGGGCUCAGGCGCUACAGGUGAAGGCGUGUUUGCAUAUCUGCAAUCCGAGGCGAAGCCAAGCCCGCGCCUGCCGCAGCUUGGCCCUAUUUUCUUCGUCGAAACGGCGUGCCUGGGCCCCGCGGCGGUCUGGGAGGGCAGCGGACACGCACGCCAUUUCGUCGACCUGGUUGUCUCCUGCAGAGACUCCGGGAGACUCUUCAGAGUUGAUGCGCUGGCAUACCGUCAAAAGGGCAAUGCCGAGGCCUACGAAGUCUCUUUGUUAGACGAAUCUCCACUGGGGAGGAAGUUGAAGCAGGGCGAUGCUCAACGCGAAUCCAAGGCGAGAGAGGCGAGUGAGAGAAGUCGAGGUGACCGAGCAGACCGGGAGGGUGCGGAAACGGGCGAACGCGUCCACGCAGGCGAGGCAUCUUCCCAGUCAAGGUUGCCGAGCUCAGUGCAUUCAUCGUGGCGGCCUCUCACUGAGGCUCCUCGGGAAAUCUUCCGCCACCUCCCGUCGCCUGUCACUGGGCGCGUCGGCGCUCUUUCUACGCCUUUUCACCGGAAUUUGAUGCUUCAGACGCGCCUCGCGCGUUUCCCCUCGUGCCAGGACAGCGACACACACAACGGAGAGGCAUCCGCAGGAGGCUCAGAAUGUGUUGAGGGAGAAGCCGAGACUUCGCAAAAGACAGAGUCUCCGUCAACGAAGAGGGGAAAAGGAGCGAGCCGCAAACAAACACACACGUCCUCGUGGACCGAAGACGAGGAGAGCAUCGGCGUCUUUAGACCAGAAACUGCGCAGGGCCUGUUUGUUUCGUAUCGCAAGCUGCUUCCUCCGUUCCUCGCGCCGUCGCUUCCUUUCGGCACUGCGCAAGAAGGACGUGCGUGGCGGAACGAGCUGAUCUCCUCCUCUCGAUUUCUCUUCCGCCUUCGCGAGUUUCGACAAUUCGAGAUCGAGUACUUUUUUGACGCUAGUAAGACAGAGGGCCUCGACGUGCUGAAUUCAUGGCUCCAUGAGCUUUCUAGGUUCUUCGCUGCCAUUGGGCUGCCUGCCGAUCUCCUGAGCGCGGCAGAGCAAGGCGAGAAAGACCGCGCGCACUACAGCUCCCGGAGCGUCGACGUUUCCUUCCGUUUCCCCUUUGGCGUCGCGGAGCUUUGUGGCCUCGCUCUGAGAGGCGACUAUGACCUCAGAGCGCACCAGACGCACUCCGGCCAGAGUCUGGCGCUCCCAGCGGAAAGCGGUUCGUCUUCAGCCGGCGCCUCUGUGGCAUCUUCCCCUUGCCGUGGUGGAAGCCUUCCGCACGUUGUAGAGCCUUCGCUUGGACUGGAGAGGCUAAUUCUUGCUCUCUUGUCAUCGUCCUUUGCGCGCGACGUCGUCAACGGCAAGCCGCGUACCUUCCUGAAUCUGCAUCCCGGCUUGGCUCCGUUCCAGGCGGCAGUCUUUCCUGUCGUCACCAAUGUGAUAGAGUUGACCGAGCAAGCUCGCCGACUCCGUUCUCAGCUACGCGCACGAGGCUUCAGUGUCCUGUGGGACUUUUCGUCGGCUUCCAUUGGACGGAGGUACCGCCGGGCAGAUGAGCUAGGGGUGCCGUUUUGUUUCACUCUCGAUCACAGAUCUCUGAAGGACGGAACUGUCACAGUGCGCUGGCGAAACUCCGCUGAGCAGCGGAGACUGAAGUGGGGAGACGCAGAACGUUUCCUCAAAGAACGCGUGCAGCUGCGGUUUCAAGAUUUUGUCCCCGUGCCCCCACUCAGUCAGAAAGAGGAUCAUGCUGUGAACAGUGAUGAGCACGCGGAGCCGAAGCACAACAUACGAUGA